AAGAGAACAUACCGGGCGGCGGACCAGUUUACGUUCGGCGGCGCGCAUCCCCCACCAAUUACCGCCGGUUAUGACAAGCACGCUAGUAACGACUGCUUGUUGUCAACCGAUAUACACCCGGUGCCAAAUAUCACAGCUACCUGUUGACUAUUAGUCUAACCGUGCUACUGUGAACACGUGCGUACGUUUCGUUUUUUUAUUCUUUUGCAUUCUUUUGCUAUUGUUUUUUUGUAUUUAAUUAUCAAACAAUCGUUGAUAAUUAUUAUGGACCAACCUGGACAUCCAAACGAUCAUCGAUCACCAGUAAAGCGGAAUCCAAGAGGAAAGUUUGUUUGUUCUCGCCAAAAGGAGAUGAUAAUUAAUGCCUACAAAAGUAAAUUGGAAGCUAAUCCCAAGCUUGCUAUAAGAGAGGCUCGUGUAAUUCUUUCCAAAGAAUUAGGCAUUGGUAUAACCACAAUAUCCAACACGCUUUCCGAGUAUCGCAACUUUAAAACAGUAUCAUCACCGAAUAGGACGAAAAUUUUCAAAAAUAUCAAUGUUAAGGUUGAUGAUUUUGACAAAGAAGCGAUACGAAGAAAAGUUCAUCAGUUUUGGGUAAAUCGUGAGUUGCCAAAUUUAAAUAAAAUUUUAAGUGUUGUAAAUGAAGAUGACACUUUACCGGACUUCGCAUUGACAACACUAUGGCGUCUUUUGAAAUCAAUGGGUUUUCAAUUUUCAAAAAGAGGACGCAACAGUGCAUUAAUUGAAAAUGAUGACAUUCGGGCAUGGCGUAGACGGUAUAUCAGGGAUAUAAGGAAAUAUCGAGAGGAAGGCCGACCGAUAUAUUACCUGGAUGAAACGUGGGUGAAUGCCGGAGACGUGGCAAUACGAGUAUGGUGUGAUACAACCGUUAAAUCGAGCCAAGCUGCAUUUUCCCAGGGUCUUUCUACCGGAGCAGUUAACCCCACCGGAAAGGGAAAACGGCUCAUAGUGUGUCACAUCGGCUCUGAAGAUGGAUUUGUUUCGGAUUCGUUAUUAUGCUUUGAGUCGAAGAAAAACACCAACGAUUAUCAUGAUGAAAUGAAUGGUGAUAGUUUCCGUGAUUGGUUGGAAGGUGUUUUACCAAGGCUCAAAGAUAAUGCGGUCAUAGUUAUGGACAACGCGCCAUACCACUCGGUGAAGUUGGAGAAAUGCCCGACUUCAAACUGGAGGAAGGCUGAUAUGAUCCAAUGGCUACAGGGUAAAGGAGAAGUUGUUGACCAAACUAUGAUUAUACCGGAACUACUGGAAGUUGUUAGAAGGAUAAAACCGAUCUACAACAAGUACGUCAUCGACGAGAUGGUUUUACAACAGAACAAAACAGUGUUAAGGUUACCACCUUAUCAUUGCGAGCUCAAUCCAAUUGAGUUAGUUUGGUCUGUUGUAAAACGUCACGUAAAAGCCAACAACAAGACAUUUAAAUUACCUGAUGUCAAAAACCUCUUGGUCGAAGGAAUAGCCAAAGUGGACGCUGAAAUGUGGAAGAACUUCGUAAAGCACACAAUUGAAGAGGAAAAUAAGUUUUGGACCUUAGAUGACACAGUGGACGAAUUGACGGCUGAACAAAACAGAUUGGUUAUGACGAUAGGAAAUAGUGACACUGAAGAAGAUGACGAUUUCGAUCUUUUAUCAGAUUAAAAGAUAAAAUUGUGUAAAUAUUUGUAAAAUUAUUAUUGUAAAAUCGUUGUUAUGUAAAUUAUUAUUGUAAAAACCUAUUUAUUGUAUUGUGUACAUGAUGUAUAAAAAUGUACUGUAAAUUAUUAUUAUACAACCAUUAAGUUGAUGCUCAAUUUAAAUAAUCAUAUUAUCAAUAAAAAACUAUUUAAAAAAUAUUAAAUAUUACCGAUUCCUUGGUAAACGUUAACGCCGUGUCACUUGGAUAUGAUAAAUAAUUGUAAACCGGCUAUUUUAAUAAUUAGUGACUAGUGUAUACUGUAUACUCGUCGGCACAGUUUGAUCGGCAACUUUCGUGCUCGAUCGAUGGCUAGUUACGGCGAAAGUGGGAGAAAUUAGCCUCGGGACGGCUGGCAGCCGUCAGUCGACAUGCGCG